UGAAUUGAAUUGAAUUAAAGUGAUUGAAUUGAGGAUGUCGCUGCCGUGGCUUGUGACGCUGGUUCUGCUGCUGUUCGUGAAUCAGAGCCAUGGCGCUAGGAUCUUGGGCUUGUAUCCCUUCCCAUCGAGAAGCCACCUCAUCGUCCAAAAUGCUCUGAUUUUCGAGCUAGCCAGUCGAGGGCACCAGGUUACAGUGGUCAGUCCUUUUCCCGUAAAGGAGCCCAUUCCAAAUUACACACACAUCACAGUGGAGUCAGAUGUGAAUGCGUUAAUGGGAGGUCAUGAAUAUGUGCGAGGAAAUUGUGUGACGAUCAAAAACAUGCAAGAAUUAUAUGUAAUUGGUCAUAUGAUUUUCAAAUUAAAUAAAGAUCAUAGACAUUCUCAAACUAGUGAAUUUCUUUUAUGCCAGGAAUUGCAGAAAUAUCUUGACGAAGCUCCACAUGGAGUGAUCUACUUCAGCAUGGGCUCAAACCUGCAAAGCUCGGAACUGCCUGAAUCAAUAAGAAAAGCUUUCCUUGAAGCGUUCUCCAAGUUUAAGCAACGGGUAUUAUGGAAAUGGGAGACGGACUCGUUGCCAGGGCAACCAAAAAACGUAAGGCUCGGGAAGUGGCUGCCUCAAUCCGACAUUCUUGCUCAUCCCAACGUCCGACUCUUCAUCACUCAUGGCGGACUGCUGAGCAUGCAGGAAGCCAUCUACAGGGGAGUUCCUCUGCUUGGGGUUCCGAUAUUCGGCGAUCAGGGUCUGAAUAUGGGCAGGGCCGUGUCAGCAGGAUACGGGCUCAAGAUUGACUUCGUAAACGUCACUACAGAGUCCUUGACGUGGGCUAUCAGAGAAAUCAUCGAAACUCCAACGUACCGUGAAAACGCCCAGCGUCUGUCCAGAAUCUACCGGGACCAGCCACUCACUCCACUGGAUCAGGCCGUGUUCUGGACGGAAUACGUGAUCAGGCACAAGGGAGCGCCUCACAUGCGCUCAGCUUCACUCGACCUCGCCUGGUACCAGUACUUCCUCAUCGCUGUUUUAACAUUGGCUGCAGUAUCAUCUGUAAUUGGAGUGUUCCUGAUUCUGAGGUCAAUCGUGAGAAAGAUUUGUAGUGGUAGGCGCCAGGACACGGAUGACUUGUUAAGACAGAAGAAAAGGAGUUAAAUUUAACCUUAGAUCCUGUAUGCCUGUAUGCAUUCUCCAUGUGCUGACACUCCUUUUAAAGUUUUUGCUUCAAUCUCUCUUCAGCAAUGAAUGAAAUUAUGUCACGGUAA